AACUUUCCCUUCUAGUGUGCCUGUGGCUGUGAGUGUUUGAGACUAGAUAGGGAGGUUUCUAAGUCAAAAUGGGUAGGCGUCCUCGCUGCACUAAGGAGGAAAUGAAUAAUGGACCUUGGACCGCUGAAGAGGACAAAAUGCUCACAGAUUACAUCAAAAUCCAUGGAGAAAGAAAAUGGUGCAAUGUUGCAAGGAAAGCAGGUCUUAAGAGGUGUGGAAAUAGCUGCAGGCUUCGGUGGCUGAAUUAUCUGAGGCCUGAUAUCAAGAGGGGUAACAUAUCACCUGAUGAAGAGGACCUCAUUAUUAGGCUUCACAGGCUCUUGGGCAAUAGAUGGUCUCUUAUAGCUGGGAGGUUGCCGGGCCGAACAGACAAUGAAAUCAAGAACUAUUGGAACACUGUCCUAAGAAGGAAACUGAUCAAUGGGAAACAACAUAUGCAAAACACAAUUCUUAGACCUUCCAAUGAGAUCACAUCCUCAACCACUAGUGUGUCCAAUGGGGCUAAGACCAACGCAGUGAAGUGUAAAAAGAUCUUUGAAACCUCACAGACGCACGAACUUGAAACUUUUGGUAGUAAUGCUCUUGAAGAACCUUCUAAGGAAGUAUGCUUUGUGAAUGAUAAUGUUCUAAAUGAAUCAAAAUCCACAGAGGAUUGCUCACAAAACUUUUCAUCGAGCUUUAAUUACAUGGAUGAGCUUUUGAUGUCUGGUGUUUCUGGUUCCGACUUCUGGAAGUUAUGCAUGUUUUAUGAUAAUACUGUAGCAGGGUGUAACAAUGGUAGCACCAAUGAUCUCUUGGACAAGCAUCUUCCAUAGUUUUGAGGAUGCAGUGAAGCGAUGAAUCACACUGAAUCACUGUUUUGCAGGCACAUUGAUAUUUUCUUUAAACUCUUUGUUAUGUCUCACAAAUAACCUCUCUGUUUUUACAAUUUUUUUUUUUUUUUUGGGGGUAUAAAUAUAAGCGGAGAGUGAUAUCAUUCAAGGGCUUUUAACUACUCACCCUUUCUUGAGAAAGGAAACCUGCAAUCCAAAAUAGCCUAUUUGUUGUCAUGCAAAUUAGCUAGAGAAACACAACUGAAUGUACAACUUUAGGUAAGGCUAUUUACUGCAUUUAGAAUGAAAAGGAUCAUAUAAUUAAUUUUAUGCCUUUCAAUCAUGUUCUUGCUC